GAAAACCCAAAGAUGUGUUGAAAGGACUCUGAUGGGAGGAGUUUCCACUGAUUGUGCAACCCCUCUGCCUGGCAGUCUCUCCCCACACCAGCCAAGUCAGUGAGCAGUGUAAGGAGUGCUGUCUUCCUUUCCAUUCCAUCUCCAGGCUAUAGAAUCUUCAUUUGCAGUUCUGUUUCUGAGAACUUUACUAAUUUAUCUUCCUUCUCAAUAUAGGCAUUUGUUUCCUGCAUUUCUGAAGAUCUCAUUCCUGGACCAGUGUUGAGGAAGCCACCUGUGAGGUCCACCUAUAUUUUAAAAGAUGGAAAGUGAAUACAGGAAAGCUGUUCUGCUGAAAGGAUUAAAACCCAUCAGUGAUGAACAGUUUCGUACAGUUAAGUUCAUACUGGCACCAGAUUUAGAAAUGACUGAGCAAAUGCAAGACAAGUGUGACAGAAUUAAGAUUGCCGUGUUAAUGGCAGAGAAGUUCCCUGCUGAUGCUGGAUUGAGCAAUCUAAUAGAAAUAUUCAAGGAUAUAGAAGAACUUAAAGAUCUUGCUGAAGAGCUGCAAACAGAGAAGUCAGAAAUUAUGAACGAAAAUGAACGCACAUCAGCAAAAGAAACACCACCAUCAAAAAAAAUGAAGCCAUGUGGAAUGAAUGAUGCUGCACCUGCACCAGCCACAGGAACUAUUACCAGCACUCAAGGAGCAAAGAAUACUGCAUCAGCUAAGAAAACACCUGAAACCAUCAGACAAAAUCCUGGAGCCAAAAGAAAUCAGGUCCCUGGUGAGCAGGCUUGCCCUCCCAGUCUUGCAGAACCCAGUACAUCCACAGCCACGGACCCUGUCCCACCUCCACAAAUCUCAUCAUCAACACCAAACACUCCUUCCACUAAGAAAAGUCCCCGGAAGUCGGCUGCCAGAGAAAGCAUGCAACAAAAGGACCCCAAAACAGUGAUGGUCCUGGAAGAAACAGAUCCAUUUGAUUAUGAGAUUUCAAAAGACGAGAAAGGCAAAAUGUUUCAUGCAACAGUGGCUACUGAGACUGAGCUUUUCCGAGUGAAGGUGUUUGACACCAGACUGAAAGAGAUGUUCAUGAAAGAUAACGUCAUUAUUAUCUCCAAUUACUUCAAAGAAAAAGAAAUCCUGGAGAUAACUGAGACAUCAUCUGUGUCUAAAGCUGGUCCUGAUCAAAACAUAGAGGUCCCUCAAGAAAUUAAGCGUAGAGCAACUACAAGCCACCAAAUUGAAGAACUCCAAAGACAAACAACAGGAACAAUAGUGAAUGGGUCAUUCAAGCUGAGCAAGAAAACAGUGAGAAGGACGACCACAACUUAUGAAAUAGAAGAUGAAACAGGAAAGAUGGAGGUUGAGGCAAGUGGACAAUGCUACAACAUGCAAUGUGAUGAAGGUGAUACACUUCACCUCUUCUGCUUUCAACUGAAAAUCAGGAAUAAGACUACGAAGCUGAAAUCUGGAACUCACAGUUUCAUUAAGUAAAAGAUGGAAAGUGAAUACAGGAAGGUUGUUCUGCUGAAAGGAUUAAAUCGCAUCCGGGCUGAACAGUUUCAUACAGUUAGGUUCAUACUGGCACCAGAUUUAAAAAUGACUAAGGAAAUGCAAGACAAGUGCGACAGAAUUAAGAUUGCCGACUUAAUGGCAGAGAAGUUCCCUGUUGAUGCUGGAUUGAGCAAACUAAUAAAAGUAUUCAAGGAUAUAGAAGAACUUAAAGAUCUUGCUAAAGAGCUGCAAACAGAGAAGUCAAAAAUUAUGAAGAAAAAUAAACGCACAUCAGCAAAAGAAACACCACCAUCGAAAAAAAUGAAGCCAUGUGGAAUGAAUGAUGCUACACCUGCACCAGCCACAGGAACUAUUACCAGCACUCAAGGAGCGAAGAAGACUGCAUCAGCUAAGAAAACACCUGAAACCAUCAGACAAAAUCCUGGAGCCAAAAGAAAUCAGGUCUCUGGUGAGCAGGCUUGCCCUCCCAGUGUUGCAGAACCCAGUACAUCCACAGCCACGGACCCUGUCCCACCUCCACAGAUCUCAUCAUCAACACCAAACACUCCUUCCACUAAGAAAAGUUGCCGGAAGUCGGCUGCCAGAGAAAGGGAGCAACAAAAGGACCCCAAAACAGUGAUGGUCCUGAAAGCAACAGCUCCAUUUGAAUAUGAGAUUUCAAAAGACGAGAAAGGCAAAAUGUUUCAUGCAACAGUGGCUACUGAGACUGAGCUUUUCCAAGUGAAGGUGUUUGACACCAGACUGAAAGAGAUGUUCAUGAAAGAUAACGUCAUUAUUAUCUCCAAUUACUUCAAAGAAAAAGGAAUCCUGGAGAUAAAUGAGACAUCAUCUGUGUCUAAAGCCAGUCCUGAUCAAAAGAUAGAGGUCCCCAAAGAAAUUAAGCGUAGAGCAACUACAAGCUCCCAAAUUAAAGAACUCCAAAGACAAACAACAGGAACAAUAGUGUAUGGGUCAUUCAAGCUGAGCAAGAAAACAGUGAGAAUUAAGACCACAACUUAUGAAAUAGAAGAUAAAACAGGAAAGAUGGAGGUUGAGGGAAGUGGACAAUGCUACAACCUGCAAUGUGAUGAAGGUGAUACACUUCACCUCUUCUGCUUUCAACUGAAAAUCAGGAAUAAGACUAUGAAGCUGAAAUCUGGAAUUCACAGUUUCAUUAAGGUCAUCAAAGGAAAAAAAUGCAAGAAUACACCCAUGGACUCCAAUUUAAACCAGACUCCUGAACAGGAAAUGACAUACUCUCCAAGUCAAUGUCAUUUAUAUGAAGAUCUUACUGUUGAAACUGAGGCUGUCUUCUAAAUAGUUAAUCAAUGAUAACAUCCAUUUAUAAAGCUCAUGGAACAUAGAAUUAAGAUAAGUAUAUUUUUUGAGACAAGCACAUUAGAAGAAGCAUUACAUGUUGAAGGAGAUGAAUUCAGUAUAGAGAUGUAUUAAAUAUCACAUUGUGCAUCAUAAACAUGUACAAGUUUCUUGUUAUAUAUUAAAAGUUCAACUACAGU